ACCCUUUCCCACAUUGCACUCCGGAUCUGGGCCAGGCUCGCCAAUGAAAAGUAGAGUCGAAAGGUUUGAUCAGCUGUUACUCCAGGGUACCUUGCGCCGGCCUAACUACGCCGGGGUUCUCUCUGCAUCAUUGGAGGGACCAAUGAUCUUCUGUGAAGGCCUAACUCUGUACUACAUAGGCCGGAACACAUUGAGUUCUUGCCAAGGUAGCUGCUGAUAGUACCGAGAUACUUCUUAUCUAUUGAUAAAAGGUUCCAGGUAGCUAGGCGAAGUGUGGAUCCGAAACAUCUCUCAUCGAGCCUGACCUGUCAAUAAAAUUCUCCUCCACUCCCCAUAGCCACGGUACACAGUUGCUCAAAAUGGUUAAUGCAUUGAGCGAGUUCAAUCACGACCUUACCGAGGAAAAGGUAAAGCCUCUACGAGAGAAUGGAUAUACUAUGAGUCGUGAUCCGUCGCCAAAUCGAGGCGCCUCGAUGCCCGAUCACAUCGCCGUUGGCCCAGAGAGCUGUAGCAAGGCCUCUUGGCGCAAAGCCAAUGGUGUUGAGGCGUCGAAGCAAAUUCGACUGGUAAAGCUCGCCCACAUGCGAUAUCAGCAUCCGGAUCUGCAGCAAAUAACGAAUUUCCUCAGGGAUUUUGGUAUGCAUGUAGUAAAGAAGACUGAGACCAGGCGGUGGUAUCGAGGGUACGGUCCUGAUCAAUAUGUGUAUUACGCGCAGCAGGGGCCCAAGAAGUUUCUUGGAGGAGCAUUCGAGGUGGAAAGCUAUGAAGAGCUGGAGAAAAUCGCAAAACUCCCCGGAACUGUGUGUCUCACCAAUGGCGUGGAAGAAAUGAGCGACGCUCCAGGAGGCGGCCAUAUUGUAUCCGUGGAAGACCCCGAGGGAUUUCCUGUCAAUUUUAUUUUCGGCCAAUCGAAGCCGGAGACUCGAAAGAUGCCUGGCAAGCUUAGAAUGAACGAUGAAUCGACCAAGGCCCGAGUGAAGCAAUUCCAAAGGUUUGAGCCCGGACCAGCUGAGGUGUACAAGCUGGGUCAUUUCGGACUCUGCGUAAAAGACUUUGAAACCCAAAUGUCAUUCUAUACCAAGAACUUCAACAUCAUUCCAUCCGAUCUUUUGUACGUCCCUGUCGAAUUUACGGCCGACGGCAAACCGGAACGCAGAUUGGUAGCCAUGUUUGCACAUAUCGAUCGCGGCCAGGAUCUGGCAGAUCACCAUACGAUGUUCCUCACGUCGCUGGGUCCAGACACAGAUCCACAUGUCCAUCAUUGCAGCUUUGAGAUCCACGAUUUUGACACUCAGGCUCUGGGACACCAAUGGCUCGCACAGAAAGGCUACAAAUCUGUCUGGGGUGUUGGUAGACACAUCCUCGGAUCACAGAUCUUCGAUUACUGGUGGGAUGCGAACGGUUUCAUGGUCGAGCACUAUGCGGAUGGAGAUUUGGUGAAUGAGGAGACCCCCCUCGCGUAUGGUCCAGCCGGCCACGAGGGUUUGGCGGUCUGGGGCCCAGAAGUGCCCCAAGCAUUUCUAGAUUGA